UAAGAGUAUUGCUGAACUUUCAAACUUAGGCUAAUUUUGCAAAAUGGGAGCCAAUGCAUGGGAGAUUUCAAUUUGACCAUCCUUGGAUCAGAUACUUAAGGAUUGGAGAGCUGCUAAGGGAGUUGGCAGUUUCUAUCCUUGCGAUAAGAGCGUGCCUACAUUCAGAAACAAGAAUUUCUUCGCAAUGCAUAGAUAUGGGCACUAGAGAACGAUAUGAGACUGUGUUUUCAUUGCUAGUAUAUACAAUGAGAGAACUUGGGGAUGGUAUCUACAACAUGAGAAGGUAUCAGAAUGAGGAGUCCAUGAUCUCAAGGCUUGGAACAAUGACAUUUUCUACAUUGGAGACGAUGGAUGGCAGUUUGUUUCUCUUACAGGAGAUUGUUGAGAAGGUAGAAGAGCUAAUUAAAGAGGUUGAUGGGUUAGGGAAAAUUGCUGGGUUUACUGACCUGUAACUCAUAAACGGGAGCUACAAUACUACCCUUAAUUUGGCCUUCAGACAGAAAUCCUGUUUAUAUCUGUACAUGAUGUAGAGCAA